CUUAAGUAUGUUUUGAUUUUUUGAAAGUUGUCUCCUCCACUGUGGUGUUUAUCCAAGUUAAAGCAUAAAUUACUCAUCUCUAGCCUAAAGAUGAAGCUUUGGCUUCCUGUGACAGCAUUAAUGGUUGGAUACAAUUUUGUUUUCAUAGUGUUUGUGAGAAAAGAAGAAGCACACCAGGUGCUGAAGAUCCGUAAACGCUCUAACCAGUUCCUGGAGGAGAUUUACCCAGGGAACUUGGAGAGAGAAUGCAUUGAGGAAAGCUGCUCCUUCGAGGAGGCAAAGGAGAUUUUCCAAUCGCAGGAGAAAACAGUGGAGUUUUGGUUUGCUUACAAAGAUUUAAAUCCCUGCAAAGAGAAUCCCUGUAAGAACGGUGGCGUCUGCAAACAGAAACACUAUCAUUAUUUCUGUAUCUGUCCCCCAUUGUUCGGAGGAAAGCGGUGUGAAAUAGAGAAGUUUGAAUGCUGGUACAAGAACGGCGGCUGCUGGCAGUAUUGCCAAGACACCAUACACUCCCUUCGUGUGGUGUGCUCCUGUGCAGAGGGUUAUGCCCUGGAUGAUGAUGGAAAGAGGUGUACGCAAUCAGCCCAGUUUCCCUGUGGGCUGAUUAAAAGAUCCAUGCGUGCUUUGGAGGAAGUUGUCCCUGGGCUCAAUGGGAUGGCAGAGGGGAGAGCCCCCAGGCUCAACAGGAAGGUGAAGAGGGGUGCCCCCGGACUCAAUGAGUCAGCAGAGGGGGACGCCCCCGGGCUCAAUGAGUCGGAGGAGGGAGGCAGCCUCAAGCUCAAUGGGAUGGCAGAGGGGGCCACCCCCAGAUUCAAUGAGUCAGCAGAGGGGGGCACUCCUGGGUUCAACCGGAUGGCAGAAGGGAGCAUCCCAAAACUCAAUGAGUCAGCAGAGGGGGGAAUCCCCAAACUCAAUGAAUCAGCAGAGGGGGGCGCCCCCAGGCUCAAUGAGUUGGUGGAGGGGGGUGCCACCCAGCUCAAUGGGUCAACGGACCAGGAGGCCCCCAGGCUCAAUGGGUCGGCAGAGGGGGACUCCCAUGGGCUCAACCAGAUGACAGAGGAGGGCACCCCCAAACUCAAUGAAACAGCAAAGCAGGGUGCCCCUGGCCUCAAUGGGUCGGCGGAUGGGCAGAAUGUGCAUGAUGGCCUCCAUCAAACGCAAGCUGAAGGAAACCUGACAGAUGGAGAUCUACACAGCUGGACAAAUGUCUACCAAACUGCAGAGCAUGAUGAUACCAGGAUCACUGGGGGAUCUUUCUGCCAUCGUGGCCACUGUCCCUGGCAGGUAUUUAUCCGAAAUAGCAGAGGUUAUGGUUUCUGUGGAGGGAGUUUAAUCAGCAGCCGCUGGGUGGUCACUGCUGCCCACUGCCUUGAGAUUGUUAAACCACAUCAUGUUACAAUAGGAGACUUUGACAAACACCAGAGAGAAGUAAAAGAACAAAAGAUUGAAGUGCAACAGAGUUGGAUACAUCCACACUAUGACUCAGAUAACUAUAAUGGUGACAUUGCUUUGGUCUACUUGAGCAGAGAUGUUGUAUUUAAUGAGUAUGUACUCCCCAUUUGCCUUCCCAAUCCUAACCUGGCAACCUUGCUGACUGCGGAAGGGACUAGGGGGAUGGUGAGUGGAUGGGGUUCCACACAUCACAGGGGUCCUGGAACACGCUUUCUCAUGAAAGUCAAGCUGCCCAUAGUAAGCAUGGAAACGUGUAGGAAGUCAACAGCGAAGCUCAUUACCGAUAACAUGUUCUGUGCAGGCUAUGCUGCCAAAACCCAGGAUGCCUGUAAAGGAGACAGUGGAGGCCCCUUUGCUGUCUCUUACCACAACACUUGGUACCUGCUAGGGAUAGUCAGUUGGGGUGAGGGCUGUGCUGAAGAAAGGAAAUAUGGUGCAUAUACGCGGGUAGCCAACUAUGUACCAUGGAUAAAGGAAGUUGUUGAAAAUCUAGCUGAUGCAGGAGGAUUUUUACCUUCAAUCUAAUGAGGACUAUUUCUAAAACAUCAGAAAUGCUACCACUAAUAAAACUGGAAAUUUUACAAUAAUUUUUACUUAAA